AUGGCCAAACCACGCCCUACAACUCUCAAUUUCAUCACCGGCAACGCCAACAAGCUGGCCGAAGUACAGGCUAUUCUAGGAGAAGUCAAGAACCUGAUUCUGCAGAGCAAGAACGUCGAAGGUGCAGAGAUUCAAGGGACGAUCGAGGAGGUUGCAGUAGAUAAGUGUUCAAGGGCGGCUGUAGCGGUCAAUGGACCGGUACUCACGGAAGAUACUGCAUUGGAAUUCGAAGCGUUGAAGGGCCUGCCGGGACCGUACAUAAAACACUUCCUUGGGGCGCUUGGGCACGAAGGGCUGAACAACCUGCUUGCUGCGUAUGACGACAAGACCUCAUAUGCGGUAUGUACGUUUGCGUACUGCGCUGGACCGGGACACGAACCGAUCCUGUUCCAAGGACGGACUCGGGGCAAGAUCGUGCCGGCGAGAGGGCCAGGGCAUUUCGGCUGGGAUCCCAUCUUUGAGUAUGAAGGCCAGACAUAUGCUGAGAUGGACAAGGCUGAGAAGAACCGGAUAUCUCAUCGCGGCAAAGCACUAGACAAGCUGAAAGCAUGGCUUGCUGGCGGUAGCCUGGAUCCUUGA